GCUGCUCCUGUCCCUUAUGUCUCUUUGUGGGGAACAGAACAGACUUCCCAGAGCAUCACUGGAGACAAGACAGAGCUCUGGGGAAGACUCCCCAGGUGCAGACCUCCAUGAAAUCCCUGGCUUCAACUAUAAUGAAUGCCAAGCUGUGUACAAGAAGAGGAGACGCAGAUGUAUCCAAGCUGGAGUAAAACAUCCAGAGGUACAGAAGCAGAAGAUGGAACUUAAACAGCUGGACCAAGCCAAGAGGUCAAUUUUCAGUUGAGGGCAACAUGAUCAGCAGAUCAAAAUCAACAACAACGAUGGACUGGAUCGCUCCGAAAAAGCUGUUAACUGGAGGAGAGAAAAGUGCCACAGACGUAAGAAAAUUAUGCUGAGCUGUGUUUCAUGUGGGAAAAGUGUGUGACCGGACUGACGUUACAGUGGAACACUAAGACAGGAGAAAUGUUUACAGGGUGUGGAGUGGUCAACGGCCACAGCCAGUACCUGACCAGAGACGCUAUCAGGCCUUACACAGGACUGGAUGUGAACAGACCAAUCGAAAUGGAAAAUGGUGGAACCCCAGGGACGUGCCCCGUUUACCAGGGUCAACCAUAUAGCGUUGCUGGUCAUCCACCAGUGGUCAACAGCAUUUCCAGCCAACUAAAGCCAACAACACCAACAGUUCCUCCCCCCGCACUCAAACUAGGGCAGGAAGGCUUCAAAAAAGUCUGCCGAAGUGAGGAGGACAGUCCCUGUCCGUUUCCAGGACUGCCCUCAGGGGUGCUGGAGAUGCGCGUGAAGGAGGGAAGUAAAAUCCGCAACUUAAUGGGCUUUGCAAUGGCUCGGAUGCAGGGAGAGAAGGGAGUAAAUGGAGGUGCUGUGAGUGAUGGAGGACUACGGCAGGUGGUUUUCAGUGGGUCAGGCCGUGCGGUCACCAAGACCAUCACCUGUGCAGAGAUCAUGAAACGAAAAGUCGGGUCUCUACACCAGCUGACCAAACUACGGUACAAGGUGGUGAAAGAGGUGUGGGAGAGUUCUGAGGAAGGGACAUCGGAGAUGACUGUGCAUAGGACGGUGCCCUCCAUCAGCAUUCUUCUUUCCAAAGACCCUCUCGAUCCCAAGGAACCAGGCUACCAGCCUCCGGAGACUCUCAGUGCAUUGUGGGAGGAGAGAGAGGGUGUUGAUACCUCACAGUCAGUGUGCAAAAGACCUCUUGGACCUAUGCCAUACAGCAGUUUUCCUCCUUGUAAAAGAGUAUGUCUGGGGGAAGGAGCCUCAGUUCUCCCCCCUCACUGACUGGCUGAACCAGUGUCAAACAGUGGAGAGGAUUGAAUCAAAGGAGUUCAUUUGGCGCUGCCCUCCACUCAAGCACAAUGCUGAGACAAUCAGAACACUCACUCAGACAGAACAGUGCUUUCUCAGAAGAACUGAGUACCAAUUCCAGCCUCCAGAGGACAGUUUGACUGAAAUCUAAGAGCUUGCCUCUGUACAUACAGCAUUUAACGGAUGUGUUUCUUAGCACAUCCAACUUGGUCACUCACAUCCACAACAGUGAUGUGUGAUGUCAUGCUAUAAAAUUUUCAUUCCUAUUCCAUUUCACACAUAUAUACAAGAAAAAGCCAUGAAUUACACAGGUUACAGAUUCUUGCUUGCAGCCUGUGGAUAAAAUCGUUUAAUAGCAUCAUGUUACAACCAUCUUCUAUCCCUUCAUGUUCUUAUGUGUAGCCUCUGAGAAUACAUACAGUAGACACCAAUACCAGAAAAUAAAAACCGCUUAAAGCCAUUGAUGAUAUAAUAAAUGCAAAACAUGCUCAAUUUCUGUGUCUGAUUAACUCUCAUGAAAAACCAAAUUAAAUAUUUUUUUCAAUGCAAA